GGAUACAGAAACGUCACCAGAAACUUAAGUUUCCAAGCAGCGAAAAAUUGACAUAAAACGCAGUAAUUGGCCAUCAGAGCAUGGUGAAGAACUUAUUUAAAGUGUAUUGACGAACUGUUUCAAGUAUGUUUAAGAACUUGGGAACCUGGUUUGGACUAGAAAACGGAAACGGUCCCGUUAAACAAGAAGGGGAGUCUAAUGUUGAUGUUGAAGAAAACGAGACUCAGGACGUAAACAAAGCCACAGCUGAGCAAAGUGAUCAAAACAGAGAUAUUAAAGAAGAUCAGCCGCCUCAAAUUCUGCAGAAAGCCAAAGGAUUCAGUGGUUACAUUUAUAAUUUUGCCAGCAGUGCUUCAAAGAAACUGUCCGAGUCCGUUGUCGAAACGGCACAAACCCUAAAGAAAAGUGUGGAGGACGGGAAGAUCAAUGGAAUUAUUGAUAAGACUAUUUUGGGUGAAUUCCAGAAAGAACAAGAAAGGUUUGUUCAGGAGAAAAGGGCAAAAACAUCCGGUGCUGCUGUGCCACCGUGGGUCGGUUACAAUGAAGAGGAAACCAUCCAGCAGCAGAUUUUAGCUCUCUCAGCUGACAAAAGAAAUUUUCUGCGAGAUCCUCCCGCUGGGGUGCAAUUUCACUUUGACUUUGAGCAAAUGUAUCCUGUCGCCAUGGUGAUGUUAGAAGAAGACGAGCUCCUUCAGAAGAUGCGCUUCCAUCUGGUCCCCAAACAGGUGAAAGAGGAAGCCUUCUGGAAGAAUUACUUUUACAGAGUGUCCUUGAUUAAACAGUCAGCUCAGCUCACAGCUUUGGCAGCACAGCAGGCUGCUGAGCGGAGAGACGUGGAGAGAGCUGGCACCACUCCUGACACUGUUCAUCAAAAGGAUGUAGUAAAACGGAAAACUCCGCCUGCCGCCUGCAGCAGCAAACCAAAGUCGAGGGAGGAAGAAGAGGAGAUCUCCACCAGCUCGCCGGUGCCUGAAUUCGUGAGCGACGCUUUUGACUCGUGCAAGAUAAACGAGGACGACCUGCGCAAAGAAAUGGAACAGCUGGUUCUGGACAAGAGGGAGCGUCCAAGCACACAGCAGGAGGAGACUCCCGACUGGGAGAGAGAGCUGCAGGAGGAGCUGCAGGAGUACGACGUCUUGGCCGAUAAUGAGAACCGUGAUGACAACUGGGACAGGGAGAUUGAAGAGAUGCUAAAAGAGGACAGUUAGAGCACUUAGGCAAACUUCUCCAGCCCUAACUGCGUGAAGGACACCUUUAAGGUCAGAAACAGCUCAUGAUUACAGAUUUAAUGCUCCCAGAGGUGCGAUUCAUCGCAAGGUGGGCCUCUGAGAAAUCUCAAGACACAGAAAUACCUUCAAACAUCAUUUCAGUGUACCAUUCCUGUGGCCUUAAAUAAAUAAAUAUUUAGUGUUGUCUCCUACAGUUUAAAGAGGAGAUAUUGUCCCACAUCUCAAGUUCAAAAUGUGAUACUCAGUUACGACUCCACAGAGCUUUUGAUGAACUUUUGAAGAGCGCUGGCUUAUAGUGAAUGCAUAAGUACUCAGCAAUAUCUCGAGCACAGCAAUAUCUACCUAAAGUUUGCCCUCGGUAGUUAACAUUAGCCACCAUGAGCUACUAAAGCUGGACUGUAGCAGUAAAACCAGUGAGAGUAUCAAAAUGAGCCAGAGUGUGUUUCAUGUCUGUAAAACUGUCCAUUUGUAAAAUGAAUUCAGCUGUUCAUUAAUAAGAGGAAGAAUAGAGUUCCAGAAGUUAACAUCGCACCGCUUCCUUCGUUAAAAAGCCGAUGGGAUUUUUCCAUCUGAUUUUGGCAUAAAUAAGCUUUGUGGCUGACAAAAGUUUAUGAUACUUACACGUUUUGCUCAGCAAGAUCAUUUUCACAAAUCAACACCACUUCUAUCAUUUUUUAAGCCUAAAUACAGUCACCAGAAGCUUAAUGUAAAUGAACUAUAUCACAGUCACGUGACCUGGAGCAUCCCCACAGGUUUGGCGUGAUGACGUUGCCUUUUUUGAGACACAUAAAAGCUUCAAAGUUCACAAGUGGACUAUUUACUGGCGGAUUUUAUGAUGCAUAAAAUGUGAGAAUCUCCUAAGCCACAGACCUUAAUCAGGCUUAAAAAAUCAAUUGACUUUGAGGACUCAAUUUUGCGACACUGUCCUUUGUCAAAGAUGCUUUUUAACAUUUCUAAAACUGUUAAAAUACGGAUAAAGUCAGGUGAUAUUUCCUUUUAGUACUAGAGGAUUUCAUGUGAGCAGUAAAGGGUGAUUUUUAUUCUAUGACUGAGCCAACUCUUUUUGUAAAUGAAAUGAUUCUGUGACGGUUCCUAAUAUGCCUGUUUGAAAUACCUUCAAGUCUGUUAACAGUGCAUUAUGAUGUUAACUGUUAUACACAGUCAUACCGUAAAGAUCUGUGUAUUCUCUCAAAAUAACGAAGUAGGUGACUGAACGUGUUUAUUAUUUGUUAUCAGAUGCAUUGUCCCCUGAGGCACACAUUUACUGUCGAUGCUGAUAUGUUCUUUGGUGAGAUAUGUCAGUCUACACUUUGUGUUUACAACAGAAGUUAUUCAACCAAAAAAAACAAACAUUGUUUUUUUAUGUCUGUAUUUACUGUAUAUGCAAACCUCAGUGACGUGUUACAUUUUCAUUAAACCUCAUCAUUUGU